AGGUUCAUUUUCUAUUUUUUGUUUCUAUAUUUGUUUCUAAUUACCAAAAUUGUUUCAAAAAUAUCAUUAUGAAUAAUAGUGAUAUAUUCAUUUUUAUGUUUAUUCUUUUCGAAUUUUCUUGAUAUAGACGUUAUUCUUUCAAAAUACAAGCGAUAUAUUUCAUAACCAUAUUCCUAAACAAAAACUAUAAAAAUACACGAUAUCAAUUUUGUACGAAUAGAGAUUCGAGCAUAUACACUUAGUUUUGUAGUAAAUUGCAGAAGUAAAUUCACGGUUCUUAGCCUCUCUGCUGUACAACGAUUGACUUCUAUCUUCAUGAGUUUAAUAAUGUGCCAUUAAGUUUAACACACUAGUUUUUAGAUAAAACAUAUGAACGCCGGCUCACUUGGCCAUAAAUAUCUGACUAUAAAAUCAGUAAAUGAAAAUGAUAUAUAUAAGAGACAAACUCGAUCCAAAAGGCAUUUAUUAAAUGAUAUAGUAGACGAUGACGAAACAACUACUGAACCUGUACGUCGUCACACGUUGGAUAGUACAAGAAGUGCUUUUAUCAAUCAUGAUGCAGUUCCUGGUGUAUCAUCAAUCAGUUAUGGGGGAACACCGAUGGGAGAUCGAAUUGUACGCAUGGAACAUCGUUUACCAAAUAAUUCAAAAUUCGCAAAUGAAGAUGGUAAGAUUAUUCGUUUAGACAGUAAAAAAUGUGUCGUAUUUAUGUGUCGCAGUAAAUUGUGUCACAGACGCUAUGAGCAAAAUGUAUCGCAAACGAAUGUGCUGCUGCCGAGGUGUCGCAGUUACUAA